CAGUGCCGACGACGCGUUUUUUUUGGCAGAGGAGACCGUGGGCUGCGUCGGGUGGAGGGAGAGUGAGCGGGGCUGCCCUGGAUGGAUGGACUGACAUUAGAGGGAUUUACGUUUUAACGGGUGUCGAAGACGACGCGGCGCACGUUGGAAAAAACAAUCGUUCCGCUCGACGUAUGUUCACGUCGGUGCUUUUAUCAUGUGCGCGUGUCUUCGUCGAGAGGGGAUUGAACUUGCCAGCAGUCCAUAUUUGCCGAGGAGGGAAACCAAUGCAAGGUCUCGCUGUCUCGCUGGAGCGGAGUAUUAUUAGCAGUUCAGACAGUGCAACUGUCGCUUUCUGGUCAUGCACUGCAAAUACACGAUAAUGACAGCAUCAUAAAUUCUAGUUCAAGAAUAAAACAAAGAAGAGGAAAACUAUUUAAAAAAAUUGCACCGAGUGAAAGAUAAACAUUCACCUGGCUCACAUGCCGGCUGCAAGAAAUCCUCCUCUCCACACCCUGAGCCAUGCCUGCUACUACCAAACGCACCAGGAGACAGACACCUGCUCAGAGGAAAAAUAGCCAGAAGGUGAUCAGCACCAAGAGGCAAACCUGUAACUCCAACAAACCCAGGGGAAGAGCCACAGAGAGGCCCCAGAAAACACCGGCAGAACCCAAAAAGUCAACAGCCAGGGUCCAGGCACCGUCAGCCCGAAGUCCCCGUGGAAGAGGGGUGAGUGGACCCGCUAGUCAGGGCCCUGGGAGAUCCGCUGGCAGAGUUAACCAGACUGUAAAUGUAACAGGAUCGGCAAGACUUAGACGGCUGAGCAAUCUGCCUGACCACUGUGGCCAGUUACAAGACCCCCUAGGGCGAAGGAAGUCCCUGCGUGGCACACAGGUGUCUGUUAGUCCCUGCCAGCCUCCUAAACCUUGCAGAGGGGGGAAAAACAAGAAGGUGGUCGCAGGGAGACAAGCAGCAUCACAGCAAGGAAACACAAGAAACAAGCCCCCAAGCACCAGCGUCAAUGAUUCAACUCUUGAUGAGGAAAAUGAGAAUCUGGACACAUGUGAUGAGGAGGAAAUACUCCCAGUCUCUCUAAAAACUGAUUUUGAAGUUCCUUUGAGAAUCAAAGAUCAGGCUUUAGUGGUCAGCAAUGCUAAAGAUGGAAGCCCUCUUAAAGCAGAUUCGCCACCAUGUAACGACAUGCAGGAAGACUGCGUGCAGGGCAGCUGUGACAGUGCUAUAACCCAGCAAGACAAAAACACUGUCAGUCAUAACAGUGAAGGUGACCUGAGGUGUGUGAUUGGGGUGUGUGAUGGUGUUGAUGGACAGCUAGAACUCUGCAGUGACAGCAGUAAAGAUAGUCCCUCUGUGCUAACGAGUAUUGGCUCACCAGGGGUGCAGGGCGGAUGUGAAGAAAAUGACACUUCAUCUAUCCUUGGGAAUAAGCUAGAUCAUCUUGCCAGUGAUGGUAAGCAAGAUGAUGUGUGUACUGUCCAUCAAGAGGAAGAUAACACGUUGGAGCGAAAAGAAAAUAGGACGGAUAAAAGAGUGAUCUUUGUCACUGAGAGAAAAGAAAAGAAAAAUCAUGAGAGAGAAGAGAGACAAAAGGAGACUGUGGAGGAGAUGGAGGAGAUUGCUGAGAAACUGGGUAAUUGUAAGAAAGGGGAAAACAAAAAGGAGCCUGAUGUCUCUAUCAAUCCUGCUGACUCCCGACCCAGCACGCCAGCCUCUCAACCCCCAGAUCCACCUUACUCUAACAACGGACUCACAGCUCAGUCAGAAUCACCUGCAUGUGGGCACACAGCUACCUCAAAUCCCACCAAAGCCCCCUCCACCUUAGAGGCACUUGAGCCAGAGUUUCUGAGCCGGGGUAAGACAGACAUGCAACCAACCGUUUAUGGUGCUAAACCUCAAUUCACAGGGUCCUCAGUUGUCGCUGAAACCGCCCUGAUGGUACGGACUGUUCUUGUUAAAAGAAAUACGCCGGUUAUUAUCCAUAGUGACUCCUUCAAACCCAUGUGCUUGAAGGAUUCGAGCCACGGGGGACUACACCAACUGCAACGCCUAACGAUCCCUUCUCCUCUGGGAGAGAAACAAGCUUGUACACCAGCAGAGACGCAGACCAAAGAUAGUGAAUCCAAUCGAGAGCCAUUGGAGCUCCACAGCCAGAAAGACACAACAUCGUCGUCAUUGUCACUCGUUCCUCACUUGAGCACAGAUGCCCGUACAGCUGAGUGUCAACCAAACCUCAGCAAGGACAGCAUCGUGCUUGCCGAGCCGGACGCAGUGCCAAAGAUCGUGACUUCUCCUCUGGACAGUAGCUUCACCUUCUCUUGCAGCUCAGAAAGCACUCAAUCCUCUUUUUCUUUUGACACUGAAUCAGAGACAGGGUACGGGGAGUCCAGUCCCUCUGUUUUACCUGGAUCCUUUGGGCCAGAAGGGGCCUGCUUGCUUUCCUGGAGCGCUCCGAAACCCCAGAAGAAGGAGAAGAAGAAGCGGAGCAGGUGUGGAACAUGUGAGCCGUGCCGGAGGAGCAUCAGCUGUGGACAGUGCAGUUGCUGCCUCAACCGCAGCACUGGCCACCAGAUCUGUAAGCUGAGGAAGUGCGUGGAACUGAGGAGGAGAAGAACUUCAUCUCUGCUCACUCUCUCUGCUGCUCAGGUGGUUCCCGAAAGUGGGUCGGUAAAUGGCAACGCCAAAGCACAGAUGGAUGACACCCAUGCGGCAGCGGAGGAAGAUGAGGGGGAGGAAGGCCACAUACCUCAUACACAAGCUCCCACGAUUACCCACUCGCUCACCCACGACCUGUCCUUGGACCAAGGCGGACGGCCGGCACUUGUUAAAAGAGAGCCCGGGCUGGAGCUGACCAGCAUUGCACUUCACCAACACGUAUGCUCUUCUGUGACUUUUACGAAUGGUUCUGCUGAGAACCUGACAAAACCUAACGGUGCUAAUAUGACCACUGGGUCACCUUCUGAUCUGAAGUCUGCGUAUAAAAGGACAACAAUUGCAUCAGAGCCUCAAAAGUGUAUAAUCGCUGCAAUCCCUAAAGACUGCCCUGAGAAUGGACCCGAGACUCCUCCAGACGACAUGUCAGUUCCACUGAAGAAAAUCAAACUGGAGGAGCCGUGGAUGUGGAUCACUGAACAGGUCACCACACAACUGAGUGAUGAAGACGAGGUCUGCGAAGACCCGUUGUCCACGCUGGCGGCCGUGGUGUGCCUCUCUGUCACAGAGAGGAGGGGACUGGAGGAGAAACUUUUCAGCUCACGUCCUUCCAUUCUAAGCUCCAUCAAAUCAGAGCCACCAGAUUUGUACGUUGUCAAAAAAGAGCCAGAGGACUUAAAGAAUUACUUGUGCCAGAAAAGCACUCCUGUUAGCCUGCAAAAGACUUCCCAGCCUAUCAAAAAGGAACCUCCUUCAAGUGUUUUGCAACCAAGUGUGCAGUCCUUGGCAGAGAGAAGAAAUCUUAGUUUUGAUCAGGCUAUUGCUAUUGAGGCCUUGACUCAACUGGCAGCUAUACCUCAAAGCACCCCAGGGUGCAUAAAAGUGGAAAGUAAGUGUGAACAUCCCAUUUCUACUGAUGCCCCAACUUCCAAUACAAAUACAAGCCUACAAGAAGCUAAACCCACAGCAGCCUUCCGCUACAACAAAGUCUCAGUCAUCAGCUCACCACUGCACCAGAUGUCAGUUAUACGCCCUCCUGUGGCCAGACAAGGGAAUGUCAUCCAGCACUCCCAGGGGUCAAGCUCUAACACAAAGCUGUCUCUGCAGGACCUCCUGGAAGCCAGCUCAAACAGUGAUAAAGCAGCCUGCAGGAGGACAGAGCCGGGCUUAAGUUCUCAUGUCAUCAAGUCGGAAUGCAGCUAUAAAUAUCCCAGUGACAUGAAGUUCAGUAAAGAUCAUGAGCGCUUCUUUGGGGAGGACAGAGACAGGGUUGUUGGUAAAGCGAGGAGAAACCGAGAGGAGGAGGAGGAGGAGGUGGCAGCUCAGCUGGCAGACCUGGCCUUCAUCAUCCAGUCUCGACACAGCCAGCAGUCAGAGAACAACCCUCCAAAAGGAACGCCUGUGUCGGCCAUCAAAUACAACUACAACUCCCAGCCACCCCCCAGUCAGAAAAAGCCCCUCGCGAAAAAAACCAAGACUACGCCCUCCAAGCCCAGGAAGAAGAAAAGUGAUGGACCUAAUGAGGGAAUCAACUCUAGAACUCCCCUCUCAAAACGCAUGCCAAAUGGGGAGACGGCCCUCAGGGGCAGAGGCCAGAAGAUUCAACCACAGGGGAAAUCAGCUCUUCACCACAAGAGGAACCUGUUUCUGCCUCAAGCCCAAAUUGACCUGAAGAGAUACUUGGCUGAGGCUCAGGAGGAAAGGAGACAACUCAUCCAUCACAGUGCAGCCCUCUUAGGACCGCAGACUCACAACUACAACAGGAUCAACCACACUCUUGGUCAAGAACAUCCAUGGACCCUUUCAAAUGGUCCACUCCACCAACACAAUCCAUGCAAUGGUCAUGCUUCAGGACCGGGGCAGGAGUGUGAAAGGCAUUUGUUAACUCAGGUAGCACAGCCCUAUGGUGGGCUGCAGCACAGUGCUGAUCCUAACACCAGCCCAGCUAAUACCGCUUUCCUCAGCCACACCACCGGUCACCACAGCCUGGCUAAUGGCUUCUCAGGGGCUCAUCAGUCCCCUCCUCCAAGCCAGCAGGGCUACUACAAGCUGGAGAGGGCAGGACCUGUCACUGUCCUGUCCACAGCUACUGAUGGGGAUGUGGGCCACUCUGCAGAAUCAACUCCAUCCAAGAACAGCGUCAACAGCUUUCUGGAGUCUCCGAUGAGUUUUCUGGAUACCCCGACCAAGAACUUGCUCAACACGCCUUCCAAAAAACUGGCUGAUCUUCCAUGCUGCGAAUGUGUGGAACAGAUCAUUGAAAAGGAAGAAGGGCCUUACUACACCCACCUUGGGGCAGGACCUAGUGUUCCUGCAGUGAGGGAACUGAUGGAGAACAGAUAUGGUGCCAAAGGAAAUGCUGUAAGGGUAGAAGUUGUUGUUUACACUGGUAAAGAAGGAAAGAGCUCCCAGGGGUGUCCGAUAGCUAAAUGGGUGAUCCGGCGUGGCAGUGAACAGGAGAAGCUGCUGUGUUUGGUCCGCCGGAGGCCAGGGCACUACUGUGAGACUGCCGUGUUGGUGAUCCUCAUUCUGGCCUGGGAGGGAAUCCCUCGACCAGUGGCAGACAAUCUGUACCAGGAGCUCACACAGACCCUCUUUAAACACGGCUCCCCCACCAGCCGUCGCUGUUCGCUCAAUGAAGAUCGUACGUGUGCCUGCCAGGGUUUGGACCAAGACACCUGCGGGGCUUCAUUUUCUUUUGGAUGCUCCUGGAGUAUGUACUUCAAUGGCUGUAAGUUUGCCCGCAGCAAAGUGCCCCGCAAGUUCCGCCUGCAUGGAGACUACCGGGAGGAGGAGGAGAAGAUAGAGAGCAACCUUCAUAAUCUUGCCACUGAUCUCGCACCACUCUACAAAAGACUGGCUCCUGAGGCCUUCCAGAACCAGGUGGAAAAUGAGGCGGCAGGGACUGACUGCCGGCUGGGUGUGAGGGAGGGACGUCCUUUUUCUGGGGUUACAGCCUGUGUGGAUUUCUGUGCCCACGCUCACAAGGACACUCACAACAUGAAUAACGGCAGCACUGUGGUUUGCACUUUAACCAAGGAAGAUAACCGAGCAGUGCGUAACAUACCAGAAGAUGAGCAGCUGCAUGUUCUGCCACUUUACAGGAUGUCUGAGAGGGAUGAGUUUGGUCAGGUUGAGACCCAGUGGGCCAAAAUCCGAAGUGGUUCUUUGCAAGUUCUUUCUGCCUUUCCGCGGGAGGUGCGUCUACUGGCUGAGCCAGUGAAAUCAGCCCGGAAGAUAAGGCAAGAAGCUCGUCUGAAGUCUCAAGCAGACAAACUGGAGAAGAAGCUCGGACUGACUCCUGUGAAAGUGAAAAGCGAAACCCCCAAGAAAGAGCCACAGGGCUUCUACAGCUCGUACAGACUUCCACCCAGACCUGCCAGCGUUGGACGGUACCCACUGGAGGGAAAUCAACCCAGCACUUACAACCGGAGCACCAGCAGUUACACCACUCAGGGUGCAGAGGUCACCCCACAGAAGGAGGGCAUCUCCCCCAACCACCACGGUCUGCCUGGCCUCCAGUUUGGACAGAAUGGCUCAGCUCUUAAUUAUAAGACAAUGAGUGACGGCUUGAAUGGUUAUUCUACAACAUCUGGUGACCAGAGUGUUCGUAUACCUCCACAUAACUUUCCAUACCCCCAUACCUUUAAAACUGAGCCAAAUGAGGUCCACUGCUCUCCUCUGCUCAGACCCUCCCCCAGCGGGAGUGCUCCUCCUCGCUCCUCCUUCUCCCCCAGACCUACCUCUGAGGGCCUCUUCAGCAGGCUCAACGGACUCCACAGGCCUGCAGAAGAUGUCUCGGUAGAGGUCAGGGGUCAUGGCCUUCCUUCGCUCUCAUCUCUCCCCCUUCCCCCACAAACUCCCCCACUUGAACCAGAGGAAGUUAAGCAGGAAGAGGUGUGGUCGGACAGCGAGCACAACUUCCUUGACCGUAAUAUAGGCGGAGUCGCUGUGGCCCCGUCACACGGCUCCAUCCUGAUAGAGUGUGCACGGCGGGAGCUCCAUGCUACCACUCCUAUCCUCAGGCCAAACCGCAGCCACCCCACCCGCAUCUCCCUGGUCUUCUACCAGCACAAGUCUCUAAAUGAACCAGGCCACGGGAUGGCAAUGUGGGAUGCCAAGAUGGCCAAGCGGGAACGGGAACGGGAGGAUGAGGCUGAGAGAUUAAGGAGGGAGGACUGCCUGAGCCAAUGUGUGGGGAUGAAUGGCAAAGGAGCUGGGUGUGGGGAGCUACAGGGAGAACCAGGGGAGGAGGUGGAGGAGACAAGGAGGAUCAUGAACGUCCCCACACGUCAAGCAUGGACUCUCCCGAGAGAUGGCGUCGUCACGGUGUCGCCUUAUGCUCUUACCCAGGUGACGGGCCCCUACAAUCGCUGGACUUAGUCAACAUGUUUUAAACACACACACACACAUUAAACUCCUACACCCUGUGCUUCUGCCUUACCUCAAUCAAAUUCAAACUGCUACUCUCAUUUUUACAUUGUUUUCAUUGUGCUUUUCUAGUACCUGUUUGUGUACUUUGCCCUUCUUCAUCUCUACCUAGUGAUGAGGAAGACCAAAGUUUGUUGGCUUUUUAACUGUGAGUUUCUGUGUUUUUAUUGUAAAGAGAUGGUGCUUUGAAGCAUUUUUUAAAAUGUUUUUAAUCUGGUUUUAUAUACACGAUUAAGAACAAAAAGGUAAUUAUUUAUUCUGAUCAUAACGAUUUCUAUUUAAUUCCUGGUGUAAGCCUGUUUACUGCAAGAUUUCUAUGAUAACCUGCAUCAUGUGUUGACACUCAGAAUUAUGUUGUACAGUAGGACUGUGCUCUUUAUUUCAGCCGAUAGUUUGCUUUUCAUAAGAUGAAUCUCAUUGGCUUUUAUGUUGGUGCCAUUCUCACUGCAACCUCUCUGUUAAACAUCAUUACAUCACAUAAUGUAGAAAGCAAGACUAAUAUUGUGCAUAUAUUUACUACAGAUUGUCACAUGUAGCAUUGUCCUUUUUCUUCUCCGGCCUCCGACUUCUGUUGGCAGCAGAUGAAAGAAACACACUUCCUUGUUUUGUUUUUUUCUUUACAUUUCUCUAUGUCUUGAUGGUUUAUCUUUUAUCCACAGAUACAGUAUGUAUGGCAUAUUACAGUCAGAAGCACUUUUUUAUUUUCCUAAACUUAACUUGAAAUAGGUCCCAAUCCGUAGGCCUGAUCAUGUAUGUACAGAUAGAGAUAUACAGUAUAUGACCUUUUAGCAUGAACUCAUUUACAUUUUUACAGUAUUUCUGCAUUAAUUUGAUUGAAAAUGGCAUACAUAUCUAAUGAAAUUCAAAAUGUUACAUAAUGAGGAAUUGUGACAUGUUACAACAAUGAAGUGCUUAUUUUUGGCACUUAACUUAUGUUCACCUUCCGGAAAAAGAAUUCAAAAAUUCUUUCAUAGGGCACAAGUGUGAUUAUGGGAUUUUAAAAAAUACUGAUGGUGCUAAUAAAUCCUCCGUCUUUCACAGAAAUCACAAGGUGUCAGAUGUGUCAACAGAAUAUUACCAGUUUUUAGGUCCACACUCUGGAUUUGAACAAAACUGUGUCAGCAGCCGAUGCUGAAUAACCAAACUACUUCCUCUUUAUCCUCCUCUCUGCUUUUGUUGGUAAACCACUCAAAGAUCAAAUCCCACUCAGACAAUUGCCUAAGAUUAUUUUGGGUGCUCGACCCUAGUGAAGACUUUGUUUACAUGUUAUAGCUUUUUAUUUACAGGGUCUAAAUAAGGAAGUUGGUGUCAACUCCUGGUGAGUCAGGAUCUUUAUUGUGUAUUACCCAUGAAAGAGAGGCUUUAUUUCAAGAACUCAUCAAUGAAAUUUCAGCACAACCGACAUCACUGAUAUUCACACUAACACUGGUGGUAUAGUUUUUUUUCAUAUUCUUUGACUUCCUUUUGGUGCUAAUAGGACUAGAUAUCAAGAUACAUGCAUUGACUUGACCAGGUUAUAUACUGUACAGUGAUGGCAUGGUGCUUUUAUAAAACUCAGCACGCACUGAUCUGGUAUAUGCUUCACUGCAAUGGUAGUUUUAUAAUUUCUCUGGAUGUUUACUGGCUGACAGACUGAGAUGCUUUGGUAUCUCAAACCAUUGAUCAUGGUGUUUUUCAAGGACCAGUAAAAAGCAAAUUAUUGUUUAGAGUAAAAAGAAAUGUCUUCCAUGGAUAACCAAACUGUGUAACAAUUAUCAAAACACAUCAUGCUCACAAAAUGAAAUGAAUGUAAACCGUUUUUAAAUCACUUGAUUUAUAAAGAACAUUUUUGAACACAUGAAAAUGUAAAAAUGUGGGGGACGUACUCAGUCCACAAUGAAAGUAUUUGUAUCAAUGAGGAACUAAGAACUAGCACCAGCAUUCAAAAAUCUGAAAAAAAAACUUUUAUUAGUAGAAAAUGUGUAAAUAUGUAUGUGAACCAUAUUGUUUUUACUGUACUGUUAAUGGUGUUUAGAUAAUGGAUGAUCUUGCUUAUUUUGAAACUGAAUUACUGUAUGUUGCUCAAAGUAUAUCCAGUUUAGACUUGAGAAGAGACUAAAUUUAGCAUUACUUAUGUUGAUGGCUAAUCUCUUUUUGGGAUUGUGAAAUAAAGUCAUAUUUAUAUUUUGGACCUGAA